CAAACUUCGGCGCUCCAACUUAGUUAAGUGACAGUCGCGACCGAAAUAUAAACUGACGAUCGAAGUAAGCCAGACUUUUAUGAAAACUAAGAGUGAAAUGGCAAAAGUGUUUUUGUUUUGUUCCUUUUUUUAAUUAUCGUCGAAAUCAACAUUCUAGUCCAUAAUAAUCGUUUGUGAAUAGUCAUUUGUUUGCUUAAGAGAAACAACGAAUUAUUUGUCCUACGUCUGGAAUGAGUGUUCUUCUGAGAAAAAAAGAAACAAAUGAAUGAGUUGUCUUUAAAAACACACAAAAUUAAUAAAAACAAAAGUACUUCGAAAGCGUUUUAUUGUGAAAGUGAUUGUUCCGUUUGAGAAAAAUGCUUUUCAAAAGGAAACACCAUAAUUUAUGAGUCGAAUUCGUAGGAAAAGUAAUAUCGGUCGGAUCCGGCAUUAUUUUUGGAUUUGUUUUGAAACUUUUGACGCAAUUAGAUUAACCGCAUUUAUCCAGUUAUUAUAAGAACCUAAAGACCUCGCAGGAAGAAAGCAUUUAUAUUUUAAGACACCGGAUCUCAAUUCUGGAGGUCAUCACACAAAUCCGUCCAUACGUCAGAAACAUCAGAAGUAUUUAGACCAAUAAAUAAUAAUUCUCAAGUGUGUUCAGAAAUAACGUAAAUACUAUUCCAUCUGUGAUGUUCAACUUUUUCAAACGGAUAAGGAAAGAACCAGACAACAAUUCCAAUGGCAAAAAGAACAAGGAUAAAAACGGGAACGUAUCCAAAGAGGUCCAGCCAGACACUGACGGCGAUCUCUCUAAAAAUAAUUCACACCAAAAGGCUCAAAGUGGGGAAAGACAUCAGGCCUACGUCACGCAAUCCGGACUAUUACACGAAACCUCUGAUUGUAGUGUCAGUGUUGAAAACGAACAAAAAAUAACGAAAACUAUCGAAACCGACCCGGACGCUUCGGACAUGGAAGUGCCUGCAAAAACAACCCCCGAAAGCGCCGUCAACGUCCACACCACCCCGUUCUCGUACGCGUCCAUCCUGAAGACGCCGGAAAAGAAAAUCUCUCACAGCGUCAAACCCUGCGGUCACGGGACGUUGGCCGUUUCCCCGCGAAUUCCAGUCCAGUAUGGAAAAAGGAACGACAUCAAAACACCCCCGCCAAGUCCCGAACUGGGGGUGAGACCGAAAUUUAGCAGAAGCUCGUCGAAAGACGACAACAGUGGACAGAGCGAUAGCGAGGGGGGUAAGAGUGAAACGAGGGCGAAGAUUAAAGAUGACGGUAGAGAUACAGUGACGGGGGUGAUGAGGGUACGUUUCGACCUACCUAAAUGUCAAGUGUCUGCCGACGCCGGUGGCGUGCUCGAAGACAAUAAGAAGAAUCUUAUUAACCAGGAAGCCAAGUUCCAAUGUCAGUUGAACGAUUUAUCAAAACAAUUGUCCUUAAGGGAUGCCGAAGUCAGUAAACUACGUUUUCAAAUCGAAGAACUGCAACGUGAUGUUUUUGCUAAAUCCGCAGGAAUGGAUAGGCUGCAAGCCGAAUUGCAAUCGGCGAACAAGGAAUCCGAUGCUGCAAAGCAAAGGCUGAAACACCUCGAAGAGGACCUUCAAACGUCAAGGCAGAAGUUCACAGAACUGGCCGAACAACUUACCCAAAAAACUGAUAGUUUUAGCGAUUUUCAAGGGUCUGCAAACGAUAAGAUAGCAGAACUGCAGCACUCGAUACGAGAACUAAACAACAAGAUUGAUUCGCUAGAAAGCCAGAUCGAAGUUCUAGAAAAGGAGAAAGAAAUCCUCGAGAAACAGAAGUCUGAAUUGAUAGAGAAGAUGAAGGAAGAAAAGAAGAACUUUGACGAAGCUUUGGCCAAAGUUGUCCGGGAAAAAACUGAGAUCGAAGAGAAAUGGACCAUCGAAUUCGAAAAAAUAAGGACUGUGAACAUUGUGAAAGAACAAGAACUAUUGGACGACUUCGAGUGGAAAUUGAGGGAGAUAGAACAGACGUGUAAAAAAAGACUGCAAGAAAAGGACAAGAAGAUCGAAGAACAACUGAGAGAAGCCUGCAAAGAAGCAGAGGUGAAGCUGCGAGACGCUGAGAAGAUGAUGGAAGAGGUUGCAAGUUUAAAGUCGUACGAAGUAGAAGUCCAAAACUUACGAGGACUAACGGAAGAACAAAAGAAGUCUCUUACGAUGAUGCUGGACCAACAAGAAGAACUCAAGGUAGCAGACCAACGACUGAAGGAUGAGACCAAAAGACUUCGGAAGAUCGUAGAUAUGGAGAAGGAGAAUCUCCAACACAUGCAGCGCGUCCACAAUCAGGAGAUGCUGGAAAAGGAAAGAAAAUUGCAGAUAAAACUCGAAGAGGCAAAAACAGAAAUUGCAACCUACUGGGAAUCAAGGCUUCUUCACGAAUGUGGAAGGCUUAAAAGUGAAUUGGAGCAAAUCUAUUUGGAAGAGAAGCAAGCCGCCAUUGAAAGCGUAAAAGCGCGAAAGGAACUGGAGCUUCAAGAAGCCAAAAAAAAUUGGGAAAAGAAAUUAAACGAAGUUGUCAAAGAGGUAGAAAAUUUGAACAGGUCACUCGAAAGCAAGGAAACUCACUUCAGAAAUGAAAUGGAAAGGUUACAAUCGAAAAAGGACAGUGAUAUCAUGGAACUGAGGAGGAUUAUGGACAAAAUUGACAUGACCCAUCACGAAAGGUUCGAAAAAAUGGUUCAGGAACACGAAGAAGAAAUUGAAAGAAUAAAUGCCGAACAUGAAAGGAAUGUAAAGGAAAUAGAAGCCAACUGGCAACUGCAGGUCAAUUCUAUGGGAUCAAAGCUGGACUUGAUCAAGGAACAAAUGGAAUACGAAGCCCAACUGAAGGUCCAGGAUCUCAUAGAUCAACACAGGGCAGAUCUCGACAAGCAGUGGGAAAAUUUGGUGCACCAAAAGGACGAGGCCAUAAGACUUGUGGAAGACGAAUACCUCACCAAAUACAAACAACUCGAGGAGCAAUUCUACACUCAACAAAAAUCACAUUCUUCCAGAGAAGUCGAGCUAUUAAAAACAAUUGAUUCGCUUAAAAAUGAAAUCAUGUCGAAAAAUUCAACAAUCGACGAUCUCCAAAAUAACGUGGAAGUCCUCGAAGGUGGCGUUCAAGUACUUAAUCAGGAAGUGGCUUCCCAAAAUGAUAAGUUCGCCAAAUACAAGACUGACCUUGAGCAUCGUGUAAAAGGUUUGCAAGAAUACAUAGUCAAGCUGCAAAUGCAGCAUAGAAGAGAGAACGAAGAACACAGAGCCCAAUUGGCUCAUGUCCAGAAACAGAAUCAGUCCAGCAUGGAGCAGUUACAAAGAAAAUGCCAAUGUUUAACGAAAUUGUUUGAAGAGGUCCGAUCAAGGUACGAGAGAAGGGAAUCGAGACAAGAAGAUCUCAACAUAAUAUCAGAUCUUCGUCAGGUGAUAGCAGAGCAAGAAAAAGACCUUGCUUGUUUGAACGAAGAAAAACGUUAUUUCCAAGUGAAAUUGAUGAAUCUCGAAAAGUUCCUAACGCAAUCUCCCGGUUUCGGACCGGAAAGGAGUAGCCCAGAACCACAAGAAGACCUGCCCAGCACCUCCGAGGACUCGGGAAGAAGUAGCAUCGUUAUACCUCCGACUAUUCCAGAAUGUGAUGACGAAGAGUGAUUUGCUGUGUAUGAUGUCGUAUUUCUUUUGUUCUUUUGAACAGUGUAAAUUAUUUUUCUUGUAUAUAUCUAUAUAUAAACACACGUAAAUACAUCGAUAUGUUAUUAAAAUUUGUAUAUAUUGUU